GUCCAUAAUUGCUAGUUAGGAUAUGUCUAAACCCUGUCUAUCUCACUAUUCCGUUUUUCAGGCUAAAAUUUAAGACCAACUAUGGGGAGGGGAGGAGAAAUAGAUGAACAAACUAGUAUACCUGAUUGGUUUUUAUUUUGUUGGUGAUAAAAUAUGAACAUUUUCUUAUUCCCAGAAAUGUUGUAUCGACCAGUUAAAAAUAACUGGAAGUAAAUUCAUUUUUAGCAUACCAGUUACUUUUACUACCGAAUAAAUAUAUCUAAAAUCAAACUGUUUGUUUAUUUGGCGUAUGUUUGGAAUAAUGCAAUGUGGAAUAUUAUAAUGAUGAUAUCAAUCAAGUUGACUUUCAGUGUUGUUAAACUUUGGUAUUUGGAUGUUGAACAGUCAACAAAAUGAUUCCUAAAUAGCAACUAUAUACAACUUAAAGUCAAGUGAGGUUUAUCCAAAUAUGCAUCAUUCACACCUCAACUCAGCGAUGACUCAUGCACAUCAAAGGCUUUCACAACAAAACUCAAUUCCUGGAUACAUGAAACAUCGUCAUCGCAGAGAACAAUCUUCUGAAUCUGUGACAUCAACGAGUCGAGAUUUUAGUACAAGUCGAGGUAUGAAUCGCGAGGUUGACUAUCCUCAGAAACAGCUCACAAGAAAACCGCGACCAGUAAGCUCACAUACCCUUAAAGAAAAAUAUGCUUCCCAAACUAGAAGACAUUCAAAUUCACGUCAUUAUCCAUAUACUAACUUACAUGACAUGAAUGAAGAUAAAAGAAAACGAAUAACAGAUAAAGAACAAUUGUAUUCUGGUAAAAGAUUUUCAGAGAUGCAAUGCACCAAUGAUUCAUCUGGUUCAACUUCGAAUCCAAAUAGAAAGGAAUUCAACAAUCACAGACAUUUUCGCCAUUUACCAAUUAAUACAGAGGAUGCUUAUUUGUAUAGAUGUGAACAAAUGCAAAAUGCGUUACAGCAUUUAAAUCAAAAAAGAGAUAUGUACAAUAAUAGACAAAUGCAGUCAAUGAACUCAACAUAUUCUCAACCUAAGAAGUCUAAUCUAGAUGAAAUUGUUGGUCUCGCUGCAAACGACUGUCAUUUGUUCAGUUAUCAUCCUUAUGGAUUCAAUGGUAUGACUGAACCACCUACUGAUUGGAACUCAACUAAAUCUCAAAUGUUUCCGUCAUACAACACAAACACCAUAGGGGGUAACAAGCAUAAUGGACAACACUGUCAGUUUGGAUUAAAUACACUUGAAAGUUUCCAACAAGGUUGUUUAACUUCUCUAGCCAGUAUGUUAUUGUGCCCUCAUACAAUUCUACCCAUAAUGGUUGGAUUGUUUAGUAAUUUUGGAUCAUCUACUGAUUAUGUACAAAAGUUAGGCGAGGAAUUAGUUUAUUUAAAACAAUCAAAUCCAUAUUAUUAUGAUCAAGCACAAAUUGGAUUUGAAUUUUGGCCAGGAAUUCUACCACUUAUAAUUGUUAGUAUAUUAGGAUAUAUAUUAGGCUUAUCAUUGGGAUGGCAAUUAGGUUUUGCAGUAGCUGUUACAGCCACAUUAUUAUACGCAUUAUUUUUUGAUUUUUUUCCAGCAGAUUUUACGAUUAUCUGUCAAAUAAUCCCUUGGUACUAAUUGUCAUACAAAGAAACGUUACAAUGGAAAAUAUUUAUAUACCAGUUACUCAGAAAGUUUUAGUUAGACUUCAUUGUCUUAAUUUCAAUUAACGUUUUUAUUUGUAAAAAUGAUAAACACUUUAGUUUCAGCUUACUUGUCAAUAGUUUUUCAAUAUUUUACUCAAUUAAGUACUCUAAUUUGUAAUUAAUAUACUAUAAUUUGACAGAAAAAUAGCUAGAUAUAAUUUUGCCUCUUGUUCACAUAAUGAGGUUGUUGGACAAAGUCGUCUUUAAUUUUUUGAGUUAAAAUGGUAGUGACUAACUUUAUGAAACGAAUGGAUCCCGUUUAAGUGCUUCUGGCAUUCAAAGCAUCCAAUAGUAUACAAUAUUAUCUUUUUGUAUCCACAUUUUGCAAUGUUGAAUUCAUAUAUUUCACUGGGUUGUGUUUGCGGGUUUAACAGAUUAUAAAAUUUCAAAAAAAUAGAAUUUUACGUUCGUAUGAAAUGAGAGUCGUAAUUAGUUACAGCUGAACUUUUGAUGGGAUAAUUUUACUUGCUUACUAACGCCUGUUACUCUCAAUAGAGCAUAGGUCAUCGACCAGCAUUCUCAAACCCACUCUGUCCUGAUCAUAUCUUUCUAGUUCUAUCCUAUUUUUGUUCAUUCUUUCCAUGUCUAUCUCCAUUUCUUGAAGUAAUAUGUUCUCUGGUCUUCCCCUCCUACUUUGGCCUUGAGGAUUACAUGUGAGGGCUUGUCUUGUGGCGCAGUUGGGUGAUAUCCUCAAUAGGUGUCCUAUCCACUUCUAGCGCUCCUUCCUCAUUUCUUCCUCCACUACAAUCUGGUUUGUUCUCACCCAUAUUGGGUUACUGCUGAUAGUGUCUGACCAAUGGAUCCGAAGGAUUUUGCGUAGACAACUGUGAACAAACACUUGUAUCUUCUGAAUGAUGGCUUUCGUAGUUUUUCAAGUUUCCGCCCCAUACAGUAUAACUGUUUUGACAUUUGUAUUGAACAUUCUGACCUUUGUGUUGGUUGACAGUUGUUUUGAGUUCCAGAUGUUCUUUAAUUAUCGAUAUGCCACUCUUGCUUUGUCGAUCCUCACCUUCACAUCUGCAUCAGAUCCACCGUGUUCAUCAAUGAUUCUGCUCCUAUAUGUAAAGGUUUUUACAUCCUCCAAUAGGAUAAUCUACUUCUUACUAAUAAAAUCUACUUUCAAUCAGAAUAUUUUUGAUAUGUCAAAUAGAUUCAUUUACUUAUCUAUCUAUUUCACAUCUAUGAACACUACAUCAACAAAAAAUAUUUAACAACCUCUUGAAUCACAUAUCACAGAAAUGACUAUUCGGAUUUGUAUUGUUUUUCUCUCUUUCAUUUAUUGUACAAUGAAUGGUUUACACAUAUCUAGUUGCACAUAUUUUUAAAGUUGAUACUUCAACGAAUAAGAAAUAUUCGACGUUAUUUAGCCUUCAUACUAUGUAUGAUUAAAUUAACCUCUGAAUUCAAUAUAACCAUUGCAAGAUAAAUAUAAUGCAUAGAAGCUUUUUUUCAUUACAAAACACAUAAAUGUAAAGCAAAUUCUAUUGGGAUAUUGCAAAUAUACUAGUUCCACUAAAUACCACUUUAAUUAUGUUCCAUAUCAGAAAUAAAUUUAUUGACUGACUUUUCUACCCAAUGUAUAUAUAUUUAUCAAAGUGCAUAAUACAAAUGAUGUUACUACACCUGAGAUGAAAUAUUCAUAAAAUUGUAGAAUGCCAAAUAGAUACAUAGUGACUAAUAAAAAUUAUUGUGUUAAAUAAGUAACAUAGUAUACAUCGUAUUAUUAUUAUUAUUAAAUGAAGGUUGAUUUCCUUUUGUAUUAAUGCAUUUGUAUAUUGAAAAAAUAUAGAUAUUCUAAGGAUUUACUUGUAAAAACCGACUAUUUUGUCGUUAUCCAAACUAACAGAUUUUAAACUAGAAUAUUUAUCAGGGAGUUUGUUUCAAACAGUCCUAUUCUGCUUAUUGUUUGCGUCUUUUUAUUUGCUCGAGGUUAGACAUUGCGAUUGUUGGAUGCGGACCAGAGGUUAAACGUUUGCGUGGGGAGCCGAAGGCGCUGGGUUUGAAUUCCGCGAGCAGGAUUGUGAAUGCGCACUGCUGAGAAGUCCCAUAAUAGAAAAAAACGGUCAUCCAAUGAUUACAGGUUUUUAAUGGUGGUCUAACAUCAAUCGGUUCAUGAUCUCAAUCAAAGACUUAGUGAUUUCUACAACCCCAUACUGAUAAGGCCCUAUAAUUGUGUAGUGACAAAACACUAAGGUAUGGAAGACCAAUUUUUUGUUCAAUGCAGAGUCACACGGUGGUUUAAUAAAACGUAGAAAUAAUACAUCAAGUGCAUCAUUUGCUCAUCUUCGAGUUGUCUUUUAUAAACUUCGUGGAUCCUUCAUUCCUCUCGUUAUCUUGAUUACUUUCAGUUUCCUUCUCUUCAUUUCAAUCUUCUCAACCUUCUGCUCUCUGACAUUCCACUUUCAACUAGUGUUACAUACUACAUAUAUCUUUAAUUAUAAGUAGCAUACCUUACAAGUGUACAAAUAAUCAGUCACGCUGAAUGAUUUUUUUGUUUAAAAGAGAUGUUUCCAGUUCCACUGAUAAUAAUUAACACGGUAGUCAUCAUUGGAAUUUUUCAGAAACAUCAGUAUUUACACAGAUGAAAAUAUAAACCUGAUUGAUUUUAAUUUAUCCAACUGAAGUCGUGCUAUGGUAUUAAGGUUUUGAAAAUGUUUAUCUACUUUGACUAAUCUGUAUAAAAAGUGAAAAACCUAAUUAAACUCUAGUUUCACUUGAAUUCGAUUACAAGUUCUGAUUUCCUACAUGUAUUUCUUAAAAACAGAAUUGAAUCACGAAUAUUUAAACAUUUAGAGGUAAUAGUGAAAAUUCCCAUUUUGACAUUUGGUAAAUAAAGUAGAAACGAAUCGAGCGAAGAAAUUGCUUUUCAGUUAGUUUUUCAUCGUGACUCCACACUAAUAUAUAUAUAAUAUAUAUGAUUUACAAUAAUGAGAUAAUACUCAUUGAGUGAAUACGUUACGUAAUAAUUACUUAAUGACAUUUCGAUUAUAAAUUAACAUUGAGUAAUUAGAAGAAAGAGGAUUAAUAAUAAUCAAAGUAAUUAUUCGAAAAUCAAGAAGUUGCUACGUUGCAUAAUAUAUGAAAAAGAGAGGGAACAGAAUAUUUUGAUGCAUGGCCAGUAGAAUAGUUGUUAUGUAAGAAUCAAGAGAUGAAUGUUGAGGAUAAGUAAAAGACAAAGUUCAAAAAACAAAAAGUAAAAACAAAAUGGAAGAAGUACGAAAUUAUGUUAUCAAUGUUUUGAUACAAACGCCCCUAUACCGAUGGCCAAGGUAGUGAAAGUGGUAUUACAACCUUCUUUUGGAUGCAAAGGUUAGGUUUGUGAAGAUGGAUUGCGAUGGCAUCAGCAAUGUGCAAAAGACGCACUCGUAAAUCAUGUGGCAAAUUUAAUGGGAUAUGGUAGAUAACCUUAAAAGCUUUAUUCAAUUCAACUUGAUGACCUGUGUCAACCAAGUGAGCGAGAAUAGAACCUUUAAUCACUCUUACCUGUCCUUUGCUCAAUCACGACGGAUGAUGCUCUGUUAUACGAUGAAUAACUUGGUGAAUUGUACGCCCUACAUAACUGGCUCCACAGGAGCAUUUAAAUCGACAAAUACGCAUGGAUUUGGCGAAUUCAGGCCGUCUGUCUUUAUUUACAGUCCUUAUUGUGGGGUGGUUGUAGAAGAUAGCACAGUCUGGCUGCAUUAAGUGUUCUUUGUAUCGCUUUUCUUAGCUUCUGAGUCACGAUUUUUUCAGUAGUUUCAUUUAAAAAUUGUAAUUUUGAGAACAAUACUUUCUUAGAAACGGUUGAUAUCUUUGUCCUUCUUUUCAUCUCCUUCAUGUGUUUGUCGAUGAAUUUCGUUGGGUACUCAUUCUUACUAAGUAAGUUACGAAUAUUAACCAAUUCAUCUACAAUAGUAUCAUCCGAACAAAUCAUUAUGGCACAAUGAGUCUUUAUCAAGUUCCUUUUGUAUAUGAUUGAUGUAGCACUACGUAACUACUAUUCUACUGGCCAUGCAUCAAAAUAUUCUGUUCCCUCUCUUUUUCAUAUAUUAUGCAACGUAGCAACUUCUUGAUUUUCGAAUAAUUACUUUGAUUAUUAAUAAUCCAGACUGGUUUUGAAUAUCUUCAGUUAAAUAAAGUACGUUAUCUGAAAUAUCCUUUAAAACAAAACAAUAUCAUUAUGUUUAUUAGGUGUUCUAAGAAUAAUAAUUCAAAAUAUUUUGAUUCAUUCUAUACAGUUUAGUUUAGAUUAAAUUUGAGAUUACAAUUUAGGAUUUCUGAGAUUUAGCCAUACAAUAAACUUGAUAACAUUAUAGAAGUAACUCAAUGAGGCAUUUAUUAUUAUUAUUGGCUUUAUUCAAUAUUAUAUUUUCGGUACAAUAUAGAAUUCCCAGCACAAAUUAUUUCAAAAGGUUUCCUUUUCUUACUUCUUUGUCGAACGUUGCGAUAAAUAUUGAGUGGUCGUCAGUUAGAUGUUAUCAGUUCAGGAAUGGACAUCUGAAUAAUGUACAUUAUUUUCAAUGUAUAUAGCCAGCAACCACGAUGUCUCUGAUUGGACUCUUUUGUAACUUGUAUAGCGAAAUGUGGUAAACUUCUCACAAACGCACCUGAAUAGGUUAUGAGACUAAUAGGCAUAAUGCUGUGUUAAAACAAACAAGAAAACAGAUAACUUGUUGAAUUAUCCAGAUUGCGGGAACGGGUAGCCCAGAUAUUCAAGCUAUUUGAACGUGACAGGUGUAAUAAAUUAAUUAAACAAGAAAUUUGGAAAUUUAUACAGAGUGAUUAAGUUUUAUUUUCCGGUUCGCCAAAAUAACUUUAUACAUUUAUACUGAUAUUUACAAGUAUCUUAGUUCGAUAUCAUCACUAGUUAUUCUGUAUAUUACUGUUAUCAUAUUUUCACUGAAAUGGGCAUUGUCAUCAUUCGAUACUGUUAAAUUCAGUUUAAAUGUCAUCUUUUAUAAUUAUAACUAACUGAUAACCAAUGACUGUUUUAUCUUGAUUUUAACGUCUUCUGUUACAUAAUAGAUGGUACCUAGAACCUUCGUUUUCAUUUGAUUAUUAAUCAACUGUUUUCUUACAGAACUGAAUUAAUCUUCAUUAUUUAUGCCUUGAAACUGAUUUUUACAUUUAAAAAAAUAUUGGACUUUGUACUAAUAAACGCAUGCCGAAGAAAAAUUUCUAAUUCAAAUUACUCGAAUUUAAUUCAGCUAGACAACCAUGGAAAACCUGGAAGCAAUGGAAGGCCGUUUUGUCCUAUUGUGGGACUCCUCAGCAGCUUCAAUUGACUCAUUAUCUCAACUAUUGAAAUUACUACAAUCUCCACAAAACCCCUUCUGACACGAAUCCAUAUUAUUCUGCACCACUCUUUGUUCUUGCUGUCUUUAAGAUAAUAAACGGAACUAUGUGCAUGAAAUAACUCAGUAGUGUAGAAUAGUCAAUAUUUGUAAACACUUUCAAGUAAAUAAGGAAAAAAAUAGAAAACUAACUUCUGAUUGACAGUGUAAUUAUAUUUGGAGUUCGUAUUAAACACUGGUCGAAAACUAUUGAAUUAGCUGAAACAAUAUCUCGUUAUAUGAGAGGGUGUAAUUUAUUAUUUAAUAUACUAUUUUAUCGUUCUCCACAAGCUCCUCGUGUUGCUCAACCUGUACGAUUGCUACCAAUCAGCAUAAAUUUGUCCACCUUUUCUACCAGUACAGAGGCAGCAGUACACUUAGCUGAGAAAAUGUGGAUUUCCAUUGAACAAAAAUAUGGUUGUUUGCCUGUUAGAUUACAAUGGGCAAGUAAAGAUGUAUAUGGUGAUUCAACGAAAACGUAUCGUAAAGUUUGUUGUCUUCCAUCAUGUAUAUGGGUAUUUGUCAAUGUGAUCACUUUACUCAGUAUGGCUACAUUAAUUGCUAUUGAUAAUUCAUUUUCAUCAAUUGAAAACAAAGAUAGUAAUAGUAAUCCAACUCCAAAAAUUGAUGGUGAUGUAAAUACUUUGACAGAAAAUUUAAAAGUAUUCAUCAUUGUCUGUGCUGUUAUAUCUGGAUUAAGUUUUCUCAUCUUGAUUGCUGCUAUUACACCAGGUGUAUUAAAAUUAAUAAGAGGUCGUCCAUUUCAACAUCCAAUUAAAAAACCAUUCUAUCCAGAUCUUGAAAGUUACACAGAUAUAACAAUGGAUAGCUGUUAUGGUAGUAGUCUACGUAAAUCUUAUCCUUUCCCUAAUUGUAUCGAAACAGGCCAAUGUGGUACAGAAUACGAUACAAAUUGUUUUACGCAUGGAGCAUACUAUAACAAUGAUUCAAGACCAUUUUUAAGUGGCUCAAAUAAGUUAACAUCAACUGCAUCAAUGGCUGCAGCAGCUGCAGCCGCGGCUGUUACCGCAGCUGAUCGUCACUGGAGACAAAUGGAAAAUAUUAAAUAUACUAAUCAUCACCAUCCACAACAAGUGUAUGAACGUGGUCAAUUUAAGUCUAAAGAUGAAUUUGAUCUGCAAGGUAAUCUAAACAGAAUUAAUUCAAAAAUGGAUACCAAUUUCAGUGGCCAUGAUGAUGAUGAGGAUUCCAGUGAAGAAUCAAAACAAUCCGAUUCAAACGAACAUAGUUCUAAUGAAGAUGAAGAAAGUUCUCCAGCUGAUGGACCUUUAUUUAAUUCAGGAGAACAUUUAAUAAAUGGUGAAAACAUUCCAAAUUCAAAUCAUGGAACGUUUCAUAAAAAAAAUCUGUUAGGAAAUCACCAAGGUAAAGAGUACUCGGAAUCGAUAAGGAAUAACAAGCGAAGAAAGACUAUAUCUAUUGAACGUCAGAAAAACGAACAACUUCUGAGACAAUAUGUAUUAGAUGCUUGUUCGGUUUUAUCUAUGUUAGACCGUCGAAUCGGUGGUCGACAAACUCGUUUGAUAAUAUGUGUUAACGCGAUCACCGGGACAGUAGAAAAUUCAGCAGCGACUAAAAAACUUUUGGAUUUUAUGCAUCUCUUAGAUCAUAUUCUAAUGAAGCCACCAACUGGAGGUAAAAGUUAUGAUGUCCCUUUAAUUCUUGCUCCAAUUGGAGCUACAGAAGGUGUAAUGAAUGACAUACCACCUACAGUCUGGGUACCUAAUGCUGUUAUGAUUAUCGCAGCUAAUAUCUCAGGUAUCAGUACUAAUAAUUCAAGAACACAAACUCUCGAUUCAGUUAGUCUGAAUGAUCUUAACCAAAUGCACCGAAUGUCUUCCGCUUUGAGAUUGUCUUUGUCAAAUUCUUCAGGAGGAUUCAAUCCUAAGAUUUGGUAUUCUAUUCAUCAGUUGUGUCAUUUACCCAUAUACAUAGAAGAUGAACCACUUUGUUUCAGAGUAUAUGAUCAAAUCAACGAACAACCAUUUAUUAGCCCUGCACGCUCAGCAUCAAAUGUACAACAAUCGCACCAAGAGAAAAAGACUGAAGUGUCUCAGCCAAAAUCAAUGAUCGAUCUUUAUGUGGGCAAACAUGAUUUAUUGCAUUUCAAUAAAAAAAGAUUUCGUCAUCUUUUGACACUGACAGCUUUUACAGGUCGUAUGGUGAAACUGGAUAGAUUAUUCACCCAACGGAUUAUUUAUCAAAGUGGUCAAAAAAGUUUAUCAUAUCUAAGUGCUUUACAAUAUUUUGCUAACGAACCUUCGUUAAAUACACUUGUGAUGUGGUUAUGCUUUUUAACACAUUGGCCAUUUCAUGCUGCAUGGUUAGGUGUAUUUAUUGGAAAUUAUCAAAAGUGUGAAAUCAAAGAACGUAAUAAUUAUUUAUUAAUUAAUCAAACCUCGCGUUCACAACCUGAAGGUCUUAAUCGAACACUAAAUGAUACUAAUCCGUCACAAUUUGGAAUGGAACAAUUGGCUCCAAGUUUAACUGCUCUAUAUUCACGUGUAAUAAAAAGAUUUGGACCAAUUAUUCAAGCAGUACGUUUAAAAGCAUUGUCUGCAUCAUUUCUAGCUACUAGUGGAGUAAACUCAAUAUCAGGAACAUUUCAUACUAACACUGAACCUCCUCUCAUAACCAAUGAAUUAUUGACAAGCAUUAAUAAAACUUUAAAAAUCUGUGAAAUUGCUUUUUAUGAUAAAGAUCCAACUAAACUUGGUGAAUUUCUAAGAUCAUGUGAUUCAAAUAAAUUAGAUUCGACUAUUUUACAAACUGGAUCAGUUACAAUUCAUCAGCUUUUGAGAAUUAUGAAGUUAACGCCAUUUUUAAAUCCACAAAUGAGCAAUUGGAUUGCAGAAUCACUGCUUCCUAAGAUGAAUAAACUCGAAAACAAUAACGAACAAAAUGUGAUAGAAAGAAAACCAACCAGUUCAAGAAGUAGUCGACGUUCACAUACAUUUAAUAUGACUGAAGAUCAUGGUAUUGUUUUACCAACUAAUGUUACAGAAAUCAAAAAGAAUUCAUUUAGAUCAUGCAUUGCAAAACUUAAGGAGACAGUUCCAAAGAAACCUUUAAAUCAAUUUACAGUGAAUGAAGUAUGUCAGUUGGUUGAAAGAAUAGUGAUUUUAACUAACAAAUAUUUCAAAAGUAAUAAAAUGGGCCUCUGUCAAGACUCAAGGUCACAUAAUCAAUUAAUUAACAUUCAGAACAAUUCAGAUUUAACUAAAAGACUAAGUUCUGAAGAGUCUGAAACACUAAUUAAUGAUCCAAUGCCACCAGCAGCUGUAAACACAACACCGGAUAAUACAACUGUAUCAUCAACUAUUAGACGUUAUACAGAUUCUAUAAGAAAGUUUAAUAUCACGGGAAGUGUGCUAGAUCUAUGUCCUUUAAAGGAUCUAGAAGUCAAGCUUAAUAUAUCCCCUAUUGACUGGAAAUUAUUUUGUGCGUUUAUACAGCACUUGAAACAAACUGAAUGUGAAGAAAUGUUAAUAUCAGUAAAAUCAAAAAAUUCCAACGCACAAUUCACAGUACCAUGUAAACAUUUAGCUCAAAAUUAUCCAAGAAUUAUUCAGAGUUCUAGAGAUAAACUUAUUGAAACAGACAAAUCGUCAGUACUAUCUGAAAUAAGGAAAGAUCAGCUACAGAUGAACACAAUAAGUGAUACAAGUUUGACGGUAAAAAGUGCGCCAUUAAUAAAGCACUACGAAUUGGACAAUGAAGUAAGACAAAAUGAGCGUAAUGAUAAAGCAGACCAAAUCAGUGUAAUGCAUAACAACAGAUCUAUGAGCAUGGUCGGUGUAAACAGAUUAAAUGAUACUGAACAUGCUAUAAACAGCAAUAUUCAUGUACCACGAUACGAUCGUAUAAUGGCAAUUUCCAAACUGAAAACUAAAUCGCAUCAUCAUCCUAAGGCGAUGGAACAAACAAUUAACUCUACACAAUUACCUUGUGAAAAGCAUCACUAUACGUUAUCACCUCAAUCAAGACAAACAUAUAAUAAUGAUAAAUAUGUUAAAUCACAGUAUGAAUCGAAAUCACAACAAUAUCCUUAUAUUGUUCAGCCACAUUUACAUCAUAAACCAACGCAUCAAAAACCGUCUGAAUGUAAAACGCCGUGUGAUCAAAAUGAAUGUAACUGUUGCAUGCACAAUACAGUGACACAAGAUGCUCUGACAGUGUGUCAUGCUCAUACUCUACCUCAUAACUCACAUAUUUACCAACAGAAACAAAAUCACCACCAAGAAACACGUGAGUGUGUCAUACCUCCUUAUCUAUCGUCAAGCGCUGCCUUUUGUAAUCAUCACCGUAAGCUGAUUACUGGUAACGAUUUAGCGACGACAACAGCAGCCUCAGCAACAGAACAAGAAGAAUCACCAAACGAAAACUUGGGAAUAUCAAUUCGUCGAUGUUUACAGUGCGAACUUCCAUUUAAUACUGAGCUUAACCAUCAAUGUGUGCAACAAUAUAUUGCUGAUUUGUAUAAUUCAUAUAAACAAGUCAGUUCAAGUGCUCUUUAUUCUUGUAAAACUGCUGAAUUGAUGCAUCAUUCUCUAGAGUUACCACACAUUCGUAGCCAUGAAAUUAAAAAGGUAACACAAUCCCCUUCUAUGCGUCAUUUUAAUACAGUCAAUGAUUUUCCGGAAAUCAACAAAAAAGACUCAGCUUCUACCUCAUUAGCUGGUGAAAUCGGUGAUGAAGUUGCUGAUAUGAGUCAACUUAGUAAUUAUGAAGAUGAUAAUGAUGAUGGUUUUUUAUUAUCUGGUCAAAAAUUAGAAGGAAAACGAAUCAAUAAAUCCUCAGCCACCAUUAUAGAUAGUGAUGCAGUACUAUAUCAACAUCCAUGUGAUUGUAAUUACUGGUAUGCACAUGAACAACAAGCACAACAUCAAGAACAUAAUCAAUUAGGAUUAAUUCGAAAUGAACCAAUUAAACCUCCUGAUUAUAAAAUUAAUUCUAAUCACCAAGAUGAUCAGCUAAAUUCUAGUUUGGAUACAUUAAGUACUACAACAAAUACUAGCAGUAAUGGUAGCAGUAAUACUAGUAUAAUUAAUGAUAAUAUAAGUAAACAUAGUCAAUUAGAUAUCAAUUCAAUAAACAGUUGUGAUCAACUUACAUCAGAAUGUUCUAGUGAUAAUACAAUGAAUUCAAAAUGAUAAUUUAUUAACCUACUUUCAUUUAAUAAAUGAUUAUAAACAUUGGACAAUUGAAUCUUCCAGCUUGCAUCAUAAUAAAAUAAAUGAAGUAAAUCUAAAUAAGAAUGAUUGAAUUAUUCUAUGAUUAUAUAUAUAUAACACAAUGAUUCAAUAGGUUCUUACUAUUUUAAUGAGAAUAUUAUAUAAAAUAGUAUAUUCAAUUCAAUUUCUUUUUUAGUAUUAUUCAUUACAUUGUGAGUUUUAUUGUUUAAAUCUUAUGAGUAUAAAUUGUACGAUAAUUUUAUGAGUAAUAUCUGUAAAUUUAGUAUCUCUAGUGAAAUGAGAAAAAUUCGAAUUCAUAUUUCUUGUGAAAAAUUUAUGUAAACAAAGCAAAUUAAAACAAACAUAAAGUUUAAUAAAGUAAUUUAGAUAAUUGCCUAUAAACAUAUAACAUAUAUAUAUAUAUAUAUAUAUAUAUAUAUAUAUAUAUUGUUCAAUUGUUUUAAUUGAACUAUCUGUUUGAUUAAGCUUUGAAAUGUAAAAUAAGUGGAUUUCAACAUGAAUUUAUAGUAUUAAUAAUAUUUAUUUUCUUCUUAACUUUAUCUUUUUAAAUUUCAUUGUCUUGUGGAAUUUCUAAAAUAAAUGUUGUAAACACAAUUAUA